GCUAGACCCUUCAAGUUCUCUAUCCGCAUUUGGUAUGGUUCAGGACGCUAUUUGAGGCUCACAACACAUUUGCCUUGUCGUCUUUCUUAGUCUGCAUGAUUACAAGUUACUUCAUUCAGCAGCUGAUUGGCCACAUGACUGAAGCAAUGACAGCUGAUGGCGGCGUCGACGACGUAGAUGAUUUCCUCUUCAUCAUCAACCCCAAAGGGGGCAAUGGCCAAACGUUGAAGAGGUGGCGUCAAUUAGCCCCUGAGCUUGAAGCUACUUUCAAAGAUUUCAAGGUGGGGCAAGCACUAACGACUGGACCAGCCCAUGCGACCACUCUAGCCCGGGACGCAUGCAAGAAGGGGGUGCUCGGGGUUAUUGCAGUUGGGGGGGAUGGGACUAUUCACGAGGUUGUGAACGGCUUUUUUGAAGAGGACACUGCCAAAGUCGUCUCCAGCCGGCGAGGCAAGCGCACAGCAUUGGGGAUUGUCCCUGCUGGCACUGGAAGCGACUUCAUCCGAAGUUUUGGCUGGAAGGCCGACUCCCGGGCGGCGUUAGCGCGGCUUGUCCGAGGUCAGCGGAAAGCUAUUGACGUGGGCAGAGUGACGUGUUGGGACAAUGGCAAGAUGAAGAGCCGCUUCUUCAUCAACGAAGCAGACCUAGGCUUGACGGCCCUCGUGGGGCGCGGCGUCCCCCCCUGGAAGUGGCUGGGCGGGCUCAGCUACUCGGCAGCCACCGUGCAGGCCUUCUUCUCACACGUCAACACCGACCUGCGGAUGAAGGUGGACGGCGGCCCGUGGCAGGCGGUGCCCCAGAACACGGGGACCAUCGUCGCCAACGCGCAGUACUUUGGGGGCGGCAUGAAAAUUGCGCCAAAAGCCGACCCGGCAGACGGCCAGCUGGAUGUGCUCGCCAUGAGCCACUUCCGCUGGUACGACUUUCUCCGGAGCAGUCCUCGCCUGUUUGCCGGCACCCACAUCGACCUCAAAGGCGUCACAGCCCUCAGGGUCAAGACCCUCGAGAUCGAGGCCGCUCUGGAGGGCGACAAGGUCCCCGGCCGGCAGCCGUUUCUGGUUCAGGCGGACGGAGAGCCGCUGGGCACGCUGCCAGCGUCCUUCUCCAUCCUGCCAGGAGCAAUUGACUUGUUAGUAUGACUCUAGAGGUCGCGUUUUCACGAGACCAAAUUGCGUCCAGCAGUUACUAGUGGCCGCCGGCUCAACAAACAAGGCCGACGGUUUCUUUUUUAUUACAAAUACCGUUGCAGAUUGUCGAAGGGCGUCCGAUGCUAUCAUCAUGCCUUCGCAAGCAGAAAAGUCAGGACCGUGCACGCUGAGCAGAAUCUGGAGAUCCGUGAACUCUAGGGCCUGAGUGUACAUGCUCCAAGAUGGUUGUCACGAGUUGCACAAGAUUUGAAGAUCAAUCAAGGUUGAACAUUUGGUCUGAAUAUCUUUGACCGACCUCUGUAAGCAGGGCUGCCCGCCGGGCUCAUUGCAGACAGUGCAGCAGAUCUAUGUUGACUCUGUCCUCCUUCGUGCUUAAUCACGGGUGCCAAUAUUUACAAUCACUUCACUCAGUAGUUUCAAGUUGCUGCUGGCAACCAAUCAAAAGCAGAUUCAAAGCGAUCCUGUCCUGCAUUUCCU